UUUCAAAACUCAAAUUUAUCCUCCUUCAGUUCUCUUAUCAAUCAAGCAAAGGCUUCUCGUUGAAGCUAACAGCUUCUCCCAAGUCAAGAAUCAGAUUUGAUUCUGAAAACUGUUGGAUCAAUCAUAAGCCAUUUCCUCUUCUUCUCACUUUCUCCUUGGAUUACACAUCUCUUCUAACAUUUAGGGAUCAAGCCUGCAAAAUGGGCAUAUUUUUUAGUCUCUUGGGAGAAGGGUUGCCCUCAACACAUGCCACUAGUUUUGUAAUGGGAACACUUUACAAGCAAUUUUUAGAGAAAAAUAUCAGUAGCUUUGAGGAUUUCCAAGUCGGUAUUCUUGAUAUCUUCGACAGAUUCAUCUCAGAAUUGCCUAUUGAAUAUUAUGAGAUACCCUCCAGGAAGGAACUUGAGGCAUGUUUUAAUGAUUGGAAAAGAGCUCCAGACCCCCAAAAGAAGGAAUUGAUUGUUGGGCUUAUGAAGAAAAGCAUAAAUUUCAGCAAACUUGUUGACUCUGCCUUAAUCACUGGAAUAGUAACAGCAGCCAUGGCAGCUAAAAAGGCAGGAGACACUGUGCCUCAGUUGAAGAGAAUCAAUGACAUUCCAAAUUUCAUCUUUGUGCCCUCUGUGACACUGCUUUCACUUGCAUCUAUCAAACUCACAAGAUGGAUUUUCCUAGGAAAUGCUAUACUGGACGACAUUCCCCCGGAAGACGCCGACGAAGAAGCCGUUUCAGAUGAGCAACCACUUCAAGGAAAAGGGAAAAUGGUCAAGAAUGUUGCUUGGGAAGAUCUGCCUCGCCAGCCUCCUUCUCACUUGCAGCAAGUGGAAGAAGAUUCAUACCCAGCAAGAAAACAUCAAGCACAAGCAAAUCAAUCUCGAGAACGAAGCGGAUUAGCUCGACAGGGAAGUUUAAGAAGGCCAGGAAAAAGGGCCACGUCCAGGUCUACCUCCGCAAGCUUAUCGAUCAAUCCCAAGAGCAAACUCUCUUCAGAACAGCCACAAGCAGCUUUGGUGGAAGAAAUGCUCUCUCUUUUUGAGAAAUUUGAAUCUGAGCUCACUCCAUCUGCUGUAGAAACUCAAGUUGCACAGCAAAAUGUGAGUGAUACACUUAAAACUGGAACUUCAAUUCUCCAGGAACCUGAACAGGUUAAGAAACUCAAGAGAUCAUUGCAUCUGUUAACGCAAACUUCUGAAGAUAGUUUGGCUGCUGGUCAGAUAUCUAUCAUCACCAACUUUGAGCAAGAGAUUGAUAUGCUUGAAGCAAAGUUCAGAAAUGCUGCAGAUGUUUUGGCCAGAGCUUCACAAUUGCAAGCUAACAAAGAACAGGCUGAGAAACACUUUCAGGAAGCAUAUCACCUGCUGAGAGAGUUAAAGGCUAAUGAUGACGAAUUUAAGGAGAAAAUUGGGAAAUUGAAGUCUGAAAUUGAGUGUCUUAAAACUGCUGAGGAAAAGAAUUUGAGGAAGAUCAAUGAUUGCUUUCAAUGUGGAAAGUUUCAGAAGGAAUUAGCCUCAAAAUGUGAAAUGGAGCUGGGAAAAUUAUGGCAUGCUAGAGAAAAGGCAAAGAAAGAUAAGGCUGAUGUAGAAGCUGUUUUUAAGAACUACAGGCAGCAACUGACUUGAGUACCCAUUUCUGCAAUCUGUAAUCUGUGAUCAUCCCCUUUUCUCAACAACAAAUCUUUGAACAUUAACCUGAUAUAAAUUUUCUGCUAAUGCAUCA